ACAUUAUGAGGAUAAGUUAUAUGAUGUAGUGUUGUAUAUCUUGUCAGGCAUAUUCUUUGUGUGAAAUCUGGGAAAUUGUGAUUAUGUGUCAGUCAGCUAUGCUAGCUAAUAGAUUUUCCGGUGGCGCGAUUUAUUUACUAUUUUUUUUACUUUGUCAGCUUGUUCUUUUUUUUUUCACCUGGUAAGUUAACUUUUCUGGUAACGUAACAUUCUGUAAGUGUUUAAUUCAACUUAGAUAACAUAAAGCGCCUUAAAGGCCGCGCGGUCACGUGACUCUUGGUGCAAGCUGCCGUUGUCCGACUGCAACCGCUGUUGCGCACAGUUAGUCCCGCUUUUCAUACGUUCCUCCCCCAAAAAAGCAUGCACGACAAGUUCUUUGUAUGAAGCCAUUGUGCGAUUGUAAAGAUGGAAAGAAAAAAAACAAAACAAAACAGAGACGUCUCGUCUGGAAGAAAGUUUCACACACCGUCUGUGCUCGCGGUUCACAUUCGCCAGUGUAGAAAUGUUUUAUUAAUGGAUUUAUAAAACAAAUCGAUGACUGUCCUUCGUGUACAUCUUAACGUGAAGUUCGAACUAAUGGAUUUUGAGAAGGAGCUGAGGGACCGUGAAUGUGAACAGACCACAGCAAGAGCAGUUCCAUGGGUGAAGACCUCCAAGAGACGACGUUAUUCCGUCUUUGUGUUGAGUGAACUGGAGGAGUCUGAAAGGGUCGGGCGUGUUUGCCGAGCUCUGAAAUGUAAACCGAAGCUGGCUCACUGGUCUAAUGACACGGACCUCACCGCUGACUCGAUCGCCAAGGAUGCCAAAGAACUUUCCGAUCAAAAGCACGUUGGCAAAACCUGCGGUGCGGAACGUACCCGCAGAACCGAAAGUAAACUACACACGGAAGAUCAGAAGAUCUACGGGAAAGGCUAUAGAUCCAGGAGCAGAUUAGCGGAAAAUGAAAAGAACCGUGGCUGUGAAGGAGAGGCGCAGGCGUCCUCGGAUCAGACGGAUUCAAAUCCCAAGAGUCCGCGACUGGAAAGCCGCAAAACGCAAUUUUGCCAGGGCGGAAAGUACGCGUGUCAGCUCUGCGGCGUGGAAUACGUCCGCAAAACCAACCUCGUCAGCCACAUGAGGAUCCACACGGGUGAGACGCCGUACACGUGUAAGAUCUGCGGAAAGGGCUUCAGACGCAGUGACUGGUUAGCCAAGCACAUGCUUAUGCACAGGGACAAAAGGGAGUCGUCUACAGAUCGCAGGAAACAGCAGUACACUUGCGAUCUUUGUGAGAAGACGUACCAAAACAGAGAUUCUUACAAAAAACAUUUGCGCGGACACACCGGCGAGAGACCUUACCAGUGUGCUAUAUGCGAGAAGCGUUUCUUAGACGUCGGCGGCCUUAAUACGCAUUUAAGGAUCCACUGGGAUGACCGGCCGUACACGUGCUCUGAAUGCGGACACGGCUUCAAGCGCUCGGGAACGCUCGAUAAGCACAAGCGCAUCCACACCGGAGAAAAACCCUAUUCGUGUAGCAUCUGCGGGAAAAAGCUUCGCUACAAAUACAGCCUGUCGAUGCAUAUGAAAAGUUCCUGCUGUCAGCGCUCGAGAUGCUAAAGCUACGUUAUUUGACUCCUCAUACAUCAGCAUCAGGAACCAUGUAGGGUAGCAAAUUUCUGAGAUGAUGAACAACUCGACGCAGUUUGAGGCGAGUGCGUAAUGAUCUAGGUGUCUUCGUAUGAGGAACGUGACCAAAUCCAAAGACGUAAUUCGGAAUGAACAGGUAACGUGAUGCGCACACACACACGGAUGUGACGGGGUUGAGACUGGGAAUGCGAGCAGGAGGUUUUGACUUUCCUGCGCCCGUGAGCGAGCGGUUAGAUCCGAAAUCCACAGGAUUCAUGAACACGGACGUGAUGGGUUUACAGCAUUCAUCCUUAGUUACCGCCUGGUCAGGGACACGGUGGUUUCGAUUGCGCAACUAGUUUACAGAAAUCCAAUCAAAUAAAAUUAUUGGGAAACAUCAUGGGUACGUACAAACUACAAUAACUAGCUGCGUUUACAUGGACAACAAUAAUCCACUCUUAAUCCGAUUAAGACCGUACUCUAAUUAAGAAACUACCACGUAAACAGCAAUUUUUACUUACCUUAAUCUAAUUAAGGUCAUAAUCGAAGUAAGCAAUAAUCUAAUUAAGACAGGUGCAGUACUCCUGUUUUAGGCGCAUUAUGGACGUGUAGUAGUGACACGUAAACACCUUAAUCACAUUAUUAACGUCGUGUGGGAGUUUUCACCGCAUUUUGCGACAGGACACGAUCACACACGGCAGUUUUACGCUUUACGGCGAGCAAGAGAGUUCGGCUGCGUCCCAAAUCGCAUACUUUCCUCCUACAGGCCUGCAGUGGGGAAAAAUACAUGUAUCUCGGCUACUAUAUAGACGGUAACUACGCGAUUUGGGACACACCCACCGCUUCAAGCGGUUGUCUAUUAGCACGUACAGCACGACAAAUAAUUAACCGCGCUUAAAGCGUUCGUAAAAAAAUAAAUAAAUAAAAACACCCAAAACUGUAUACGGUACCAUAACGAAGACGAACUGUAUGUCGAUACGUGAAAUUCUGGAGGGACGUCGGACGGCGUGGCGCGGUGACGUAAUGACGCGGGCUGUUAAUCUAAUUAUGUUCUUGAACAUGUAAAACGGGAACAUGACAGGAGUAUUCUAAAAGCCACUCAUGUAAACACCUUAAUCACAUUAUUAUCUUACUCAGAUUAAGGUCAAUAAUUAGAUUACCGCUGUCCAUGGAAACGUAGUCACUGUGUGAGCAGGAAUCGGUUAUACUAAACUAGAGUGAUGGAGCUGAGGUCGAGGAACUGUCAGAGCCAGAAUUCACACACCAUGCGGGACAGCGCUGGUAUUUCUAUUCUACCUUCUACCAAAAAUAAAUAAAUAAAAAUAAGACCUUCUAGUCCAAUUCGUGUUUAAAUCCGGAUACAGAUAUAUAAUUUACGUUACACCUGUACUUUAUAUAAUGCUAAACUAGUAGUUGUAAGAUUCCUGUAGUUAUAUCAGCUUUGUAGUUCCAGUGCAAAAAAUUUAAACUUUUUAUUUAUUUAUUUAUUUAUUUUAAAAAAAAGGAAAGUCUGGCCACCGAACAUGCCUUGGUUGAUUGACAACUUGUAACUGUGCAUCUUUUUUAGGAUUCAGUUUAAGAUUCUGUUGUUUGUCUUUUAAAACUCUUCAUGAUCACGCUCCUUCCUAUCUCAAAGAGCUUCUUCCACCGCAUUCAUCUAACAGACUUCGAACAUCUUCUCAUGGGUCUCUUUUGCAUGUCCCCGGAUCCCGGUUAAAAACAAAGUCGGGAUGGAGCUUUUACAGUCGCCGCCCCUCGUUUAUGGAAUAAAUUGCCACUGGACAUCCGCCUCGCGCCUUCAGUUACCACUUUUAAAGAGAGACUUAAAACAUAUCUCUUCUCCCAGGUGUUUUAAUCUCAUUUUUACUAUCGUCUGUUGUCUGUCUUUAUUCGGUUUUAUUGUUUUCUGUUUGACUUUUCUUUACUCUGUUCAACUUCGCUGUGUUAAGUGUGCUUUAUAAAUAAAAGUGACUAUUUACUAAUCUUUA